AUGAAAAUAAACAAGAUUUCAAAAAUGGAAGUUAGUUUGUUUACCAUGUAUAAAUUGUGUAUUUAAUUAUUUAGAUUUGUAAUUUGUAAAAAUAUAAAUGGACGAAUUACGAGGACCUAAUAUUCAAAUUGUACUUCAUGUAAAAGAAGGUAUUGGCUUUGGAUUUCUUCGAAUACCCUUUGUCGUGAGUGGAUCUCUCAAUGGAUAUAUGCUGGAAACGGAUCCAGUUGUACCAACUCAUGCACCGGCAUUUGACGCUGAACUGGUUUGGGAAGCUGAUAAAAGAAGAUUUCGUAGUUUGCGAGUACAAAAUGUCCCGAUCAAAGUUGAAGUAUUCACAACGAGCACACAAGGCAGGAAAGAUAAGAUAGGAUAUAUGUUACUGAGUUUAUUAGGAGCACAGCCAUGCCCUUCAAACAAAUUUGUUGAUGUGAAAUACUCAUGGCAUAAAUUACUCGGAAUAAAAUCUGAAGGUAAAUGCUGUCAUCCACAAUUACUUAUGAGUUUGUCCAUUGAAGAUAGAACCAGUACUCCUACACCACGCAAUGAACUUCGUAUGUUCCAUAGUAAUGAAGUAGCAUACCCACUGUCUCACACUCCAAAUACACAAGCCAGUGCACCUGCAUUGUUAACAUUGAGUAAAAAGCAGUGCAAGUACCACUUUGUUUCAGGUAUUUGCAGCUUAGACCUACGUAAGUUGAUCCCUACGGAAGAUGUGAAGCGGUUCAUAUCAGAGUUCUGUAACAGCGAGGGUAGGCUGGCUGUACACGAGCGCUGUUACCUGCUGCGUUGUGACGAUACUCCGCAUGUCAGUGUGCGACGACCCUAUAUGGAUGUGGAAAUAAGCCUUAAAUAUAUCGCCAACAAACCUAAUGUACAGAAACCUAAUAUACUAUCAGCCCGCAGUAUAACACAAUUAGAGCGAGGUAAAGAAGGCAAUUAUGAGAAUAAUUUGGAGUACAGAAGUGGCAGCUGUACACAAAUUGACCCGGAUGUAGGCGGAGUCGGGUACACUAACAAGUCUGCGGGAAACACUGCUAGAUAUAAAACAGCGAAUGGCGAGAAUAUCCUCCAAACGAGUGAAAUAACGGAAUUAUUAAGAAAGAUGUGCGAUUCUCUCGCUCUCAGCCAGGAGAAGUCCCAACAGAAACCGUUCACAACGGACGUGCAAGUUCAGUGCGGGAACGAGACAGAUAUACACUGCCAUAUGAUGGAAAGAGACGGAGAUACACAUGAAAAUGACGAUAAACAAAAUAAUUGUGAUAUUAAAGAUAAAGAAAAUAAAAUGUAUUCAGAAAAAGAUAUGGUAAAACAAUUCGUACCCGCAUUGGAAAGGGAGGCUAUAAUGCAAAAGUUUAUCGAAGAAUUAGAAGACUGGAAAGAGAGACAGCAAGAAUUGUAUAAAUGUCAGUUACUGGAAGCUAAGAAAGCUCUAGAAGCACAUUACACAGCCAAAUACCAAGAGUUGCGAGAAGCGUCGCAGAAGAUGGAAGAGGACAUGCAUCAUCAGCUCAAACUGAAGGAUAUGAAGGUCGAGGAGUUGGAACUGAAGGUGCAGACGUUGGAGAAGAAUAUUGAAGUACUCAAGAAUAAUAUGAAGAAUAUGGAGAAGGAUGCAGAAAGUAAACAUUCAGGUUUAACAAAGGACCAGACUGCAAGUCUUAUACAAGAAUUGCGUUGUCUAGAAGAGAAGCUGGACAGCGCGGUGCAGUCGAAGGCGUUCUUCAAGGAGCAGUGGGGGCGCGCCGUGCGCGAGCUGCACCUCGCCAAGAUGUCCUCGCGCCGGCACAUGCUGUCUCAGCUGCGCCGCGAGAAGAGCCGCUUGAAUCCAGACGGUUUGGAUACAAUCGAUGAUUAUGAAAUGAGAGGCGAUGACGUCAAUGAAACUGAUAUUAAGAAGUUAAAGGACGAUUUCUACGCGGAUCUGUUGGCGCACACUCCGCCAUUGGAGUCACACUCAGCUAUCAGUUUACCGGGACCCGACGGAUUAGAUAUGUUCAUGGAAAUGAAAAAUACUUCUAAAAACUCUAUAAAUGAUAAAUUAAAUGAACUAAUAAGCCAAAGGGACCAGCUGAUACAACAAGACAACCCGGACGAGGCCACGCUCAAGCAAUUGAACAACGAAAUAAGAAGUAUUUUGAUAAAUUGUGGAACAUGACUUAUGUAUUUUUUGUUAUGUAUUAAAUGUUAUUAUAACCUGUC